AUAAGUGUCGUGCGGCAUUGUGGUGGAAAUGGGCAGGGAACGGAGGGCUCUCAUACGCAUUCGCGUUGUCGUGAUAUGGUGACUAGUGCCGCUUUCUCGCGUCCGGACGUAACGCUCGGUAGCUUGUGUAGCGCCUAUCCUACUCUGCGUGUGCGUGCCAGUCAUUUUGCGACGGAGUUUGCGACGUGAACGGGGAACGAUGUGAGGCCGCGCGUGCUCGAUGCUUUAACAUCACGAGAGCUGCGGGCUGCGUGGAGGAUCCAGUGUGUGGUGCGAGUAGCGUUGAGCCUCCGUGGAGCAUCGUGGAGGCCUAGAAGAUGCUGGGAGACGAUCCACCGUCCCUAUCGGUGGGUACGGAGGUCAGCGCCAAGUACAAGGGUGCCUUUUGCGAGGCGAAGAUCCGUAAGGUAGUGCGGUCGGUCAAGUGCCGCGUAACUUACAAGCCGCAGGGACUAGGCACUGCUACGGUCGCUGACGACCAGAUAAAGGGGACUUUAAGAGUCGGUGCUUCCGUCGAAGCUAGGCAUGCGGACCGGAAGGAGUUUGUGGAGGCUACAAUCACGAAGAUCCAGGAUUGCAGUCAGUACACGGUGGUGUUUGAUGAUGGGGACAUCACGACACUGAGGAGGACCGCGCUCUGCUUAAAGAGUGGUCGACACUUCGCGGAGAGCGAGACGUUGGAUCAGCUGCCGCUGACUCAUCCGGAACACUUCGGGAACCCUGUAAUCGGGGGUAGAAGGGGUAGACGAUCAAGGCAAGCGCAGGAUGAGAGCAGCGAGGAUGAGGACAGUCCACCACGGGGCGCACGCGAUUCCACUUCCAGCGGUGGCGCGAAGGAGGGUAUGGAGACUGAGCCAGAGAUCGGCAGAGUCGUCUGCGUGGAGCUUGGUGACAAGAAGAAGAAGGACAACUGGUUCCCAGGGCUGGUGGUCGCGCCCACCGCUCAGGAUACAGUGAGGAUACGAGUGAGGGACGAUUACUUGGUGCGCUCGUUUAAGGACGCGAGAUAUUAUACAGUGCCGAAGAAGGAAGCCACAGAAUUCACGAAGGAGCUGGUUAACAAAGUCGAGAACAGCACGUUAAAGGUCGCGGUGGAGAAGGCGCUUCUGUUCUUGGAGAAAAAUGAAUUGCCGCCUCACUGGGACAGGGAUUCGCUCUUUGGGCAUUCCGUUUCCAGUGGAAAUAGCGAUUCCGAUGGCGAACUUGACUCGGACAGCUCUGACGACGAGCCGCGCGAGGAGAAGGAUCACUUUGUGGCGCAACUUUACAAGUUCAUGGACGACCGCGGGACACCCAUAAACGUCUGUCCGAUGAUAGGGUCCGAGGACAUAGAUUUGUACAGGCUCUUCCGGGCGGUUUACAAAUUGGGCGGCUACAAUCGCGUUACGAAUCAGAACCAAUGGAAGACGAUAACGCGGCGACUCAAUUUCGCGAUGCAGAAUUCACCGUCCACCCACAAUCUCGUGAAGCAGGCUUACAAGAAGUUCUUACAUUCGUUCGAAGAUUUUUACAGGAAGUUAGGCUGCACGAUGGUGAACCAUCCGCGAGGCAGCACGCGUAAGCAACGCCCUGGAAGGAGCCUGAUCCGCGACAAGGACAGAAAUACUCCCGUACCGCCGCAGCCACCUACGGCGCAACUAAAACCUGAGAAGGAUGAAGAGGAGAAAAAAGUCGCGGAGGAUGAGAAAAAAGAAAAGAAGGAAAUAAAGAAGGAGCAGCCGAAGGAGGAAGAAAUUGUGAAAGUGAAGAAGAAAGAGGAGCUUGAGAGUAAUGCCAGCGGCCAGGAGAGCGAUGUAAACGUGGACGGAGAGACCGAAUCGACGUCCGGUAACGAAAAAGCGCAGAAACCAACCGUGCAAGCGGCGGCAGCAGUGUCUUCUGCUUCUUCUAACGGUAACACGACCCCGUCCAGUCGCGUCAAGUCCAAGAGUAAAGAGGACACUAAGAAGAAGACGGUCGAGAAGAAGAAGGCGGAGUCGAAGAAGCAAGAGAAGAAAGAAGAUAAGCAGCUGAAGGAGGAGGAGGCCACAAAAACGAGAUCCAAAGCGAAGGACGAUACCGCAAAGAACAAAGGUGCGAGUGCGGAGGGGAGGGAGACUCGAACGCCGUCGAGGGAGGCGGAGAAGAAAGCGGUGUCCAAGCAGAGACGCCUGACGGACGAGGAACUGAAGAAACGGGGGAGGAAACGCAAGGAGCAUGAGACGGAGAAGUCGCGCGCCGAUGAGCAGCUUACGGAAACCGCUCCUGGUUACAAAGGUCCCGUCGAGUGCGGCGACAGGUUGAAGGUGUAUUACGGGCCAACGCACGAGUCCAAAGUUACUUACGAAGCGAAGGUGAUCGACAUCGACGGCGCGGAGCCGCUGUACCUCGUGCACUACACAGGCUGGAACACCAGGUACGACGAGUGGAUCAAAGCGUCCAGAAUCGCCCAAAAUUUCACGCAGACUCAAGGUAGAGUGAAGCGUGUCAAGGCCACCCCCCGGCCGCAAACUCCCAGCACGAAUCUGUCCAGCAGCAGUAAAUCGAAGGGCGCAUGCAAUUCGAAUGCUAACGCGUCGCAGAGCCGUCGACGAGCCCAAAGUGUCGCUCCAACUUCCAACAGCGGCUCCCAAUUAACGCCGACAUCCUCGAAGGAGGUGAAAAAGGAUGAGAAAGAGAGGGAUAAGGAAACGGCGCAGCCAACUAGAUCUACCACGCCAUCGUCGGUUGCUAGUUCUAGCUCCAGAACCAAGAGCCCCGCCACACCUGCCAAUCGGCAAACCAGGACGACCAGAAAUACGGAGUUGUCGAGCGUGGAGCAUCGUCGACGUACCCGGAGAACGUCGGGACACACGGACAUAUCCGUCGCGUCGGAGACCGAAGACAGCGAGGCUUACGAGUCCGACACCACCGAAUCCGAGCAGACUAAGGUGAGACUGAGAGGUACGGAGGAGAGGAAGCGGAAGGAAGCGCGAAGCAGAGUGGAGGAGAGGAUCAAAGGGGAGGACGUGAGCGACGGUGAAGAUGACAAAGACAAUCUAGACGAGCCGCGUAAAGGUAGGCGCUUGAGGAGGACACCCGGCAAAUCACAGGGAAUCAAAUCCGAGCCCGACAGCGACCAAGAGGAGCAGCCGAAAGGUCGAGACUUCGAUCUGAAUCAAAUACGAUCCGAACUGAAAGGCUUCGACAAAGCGGUGAAGAUGGAAUUGGUCAGAAUGGAGCCCGAACCUGACGAUGAGAAUAAAUUGGACGAGAAGGAAAACGCUCGCGGUGAGCAAACCGCGAUCGCUGUCUCUCAAGUCACGCCCAAGGUGGAAAAAGCCGUCGAGUCCCCAAAAGCAGAGGCUGUCGUGGAAACGAAGGUGGAGAGCACAGAAGACAUAUACGAAUUCAAGGAGCCGGAGCCAUUCGAGUUUGAGGUGAGAAACAAGAGCGGCGAGAAGGAUAAAUUGAAGAAACGGGUGUUCGAGGACGAGCCUAAGAGCCCGAAGAAGAAGCAGAAAGUGACAUCGAUAGCCACAACGCCAGUAACGAAAGAAACGAAAUCGGAGUCGUCGGACAGCGAGACUCGUAAGAAGCCGAGGAAAUUAUUCGGCAAGAGGUCUGACGACGCGGUGAACGAAGUAGCGAGCACUCCUCUCCACGGCAAGCCUGCGCAAACUGCUCAGCCGGCCGUACCUGAGAACACAUUUGAGAAGCUGUGCGAGCCUCCAUCGUUCAAUCAACAACUGAAACCCGCGGCAAUUGUUGAGGAAUCUGCCGGCAAGAUGCACAGUGGCCUGAACCUUCUGUUCAGCGAUCUGCCAGCGGAUGAUGAGGGUACGCGCGACGACUCGGAGGACCGGCUGAUAAUAUCGGAGACCGAGAUAUCGGAAACGGAGGAGAAUGUGUUCGCGACGUAUCAGCAGAAGAUCCAAUUCGACGGCGGCGAAUUGGCGGAUACGACGGAGCCGAGCAAGAGUGAGGCGAAUGCCGUGGUUGAAUGCGCGAGGGAAGAGACGCCAAUUGUCAGCGGUAACGCAAGCAGUGCCAGCAAGUCGACUAAUUCCUUGGAUCAAAAGCAAAAUCAAGUGAAGUCGUCGCUGCCGAUCGGACAGUCGCAGUCAGAAUUUAGGAUGGAUUCCAAGUUACUCGAUAUCACCCCGCUUCCGACGCCAAUCGUGACACCACCGGCCCCCAUAAGUGCGCGAUUACCAGCGACGUCCACGAUAGAGGAAAAGCUAUCAGCCGCUGCGAUGGCGUUCCGCAACAAAGGUAAGGAUACCAAGAAGACUCCGGACGAAGACACGUCAGACCUUGUGCGCAAGGUGAUCAAGGACUCGUCUAAGAAAUUAGACUUGACUCUCUUACAAAGAAGCAAAGACGCGGAUCGCAGUAUUCCUACGGCGGAGUUAGAUGAUAAGAAACGCGAGCAGGAGGACGUUGCAGUGAAAGAGGAGGAUCCGCGCAAGGAUAUUAUCCGCGUGACGAUGAAGAAAGAGGAAGAACCACAGCAGCAGCAAUUAAAGCCGAAGAAGGAAGCGGAAUUGAAGAAAUUUACCGAGACGAAGAUCGUCGUCGAGCACAAGACGAAAUCGCAAGAGAUCGUACGAGACGAGAGCUGGAAGAAUACUGAAAACGAGGCCGGUAAAAAGUCCGAGGAGGAAUAUAAGGCGACGGAUCAGAAGGAGAAGGAUAAGAUUGAAAGUCGCAAGAAGCAGGUCACUCAGGACAUCAUAGACUCCACGGACAGCAGCGACUCGGAGCAAAGACUCGUGAUAGACAACGAGGAGUCGCAGGACCUGAAAGUACCGACCUCAAACUUUGACGUUAAGCUGCGAGCGGAACUGGACCGUCUGCAGGACACGCAAGAGAGAUUCCACGUGAGGACGCAAGUGCCGAAAGCGUCGCAGAAUCUUCAGCAGCAACAGCAACAAGAAUGUGUAGAGUUCAAGGCGGACGUAGCAUCCGCUCCGAAGACGGACGAGGAGGGCGAGACGAUGAACUCGUUGCUCUGCGAGGAGGAGAUUCCUGGCUCGCCAGCUCCACCUUCCGAGAGCACCGAGCAAGCCAACGUCGGGCCGUCGUGCAGUCCACCGAAGAGCGAAGCCGCCGAGAGCAGCAUAGUGCUGAUGGAGAUGCCCUUUGCGAGUGCUCCAACUUCGGGUCAAAGCACGACGAGCAGCAGCACUGUUGCUACUCUCAGUGCAGCGUUGCCAAAGACCGUCGAAGCAUCGAUACCGGUUUCCCUGCCGAUGCAACAAAACGUGUCUUUAACUGCACGGCAACAGCAGCCACAACAGCAGCAGCAACCACAGCAGCAUCAUCAACAUCAACCACGCAUCCCAGCCACAAUGCCGCCGCAACGACGGAAGAGCAACGAGGCUGCGCCGGUGAUGGACAACACGCCACCAGAUACUCCCGAGUCCAUCAUUUCCAACAUUUCGGGGUCGCCCAGGGAAGAGAGAACUAGCGGUUCGUCACCGACUUCUGAGGAUAACAUCAAGCUAAACCGCGACAGCUCCGAGGCGGACAACGACAGCGCCGGGAAAGGUCCAGGUUUCAGCGAGGACGACACUUUGCCGAAUUCCGAGGUGAACUGCGCGGAGAGAAUUCUCAAACCGCCCGCAAAACGCUCGAUCGAGGAAAUUCAGUCGCCCAAGAAACGCAGGAGGAACAGGAAACAUUCAGAAUGUGGAAGUGGUGGAGGUGGUGGAGGUGGUGGUGUUGCCAGCACCGCCGGUGUCGUGCCAAAGAAACCCUGCAGGCAGAGCAGGCACGGUAGAUACGGAGGUGGAAGCGACAGCGACGACACUAGCGAAGGAUCCAAUCUCUGCGGGGUUAACACCACGUCGACGACGGCGACCCACGCCAACACCAUCUCCAGUGUUACCGACCUCACCAGCUACUCAUCCAGAUCACCGAGACCGACCAAGUAUAACUUUUACGUUGAAUUGGACCCAGAAUUGGAUGGCAGUCAAAGGAUAGCUGUAUUACAACAGAAGUUGGCGGAAUUGCGGAAAACGUAUAACGCCGUGAAAGUCGAGCUUGCUGGUAUAGAGAGACGUCGAAAAAAGCUAAGAAGGCGAGAACGAGAAGCGAUCAAAGCAGCCAAAGCCGAAAUGCAGCAAGCUUGUUCGUGAUAAGCGCUGUCGAGGAGUUCUUUCUUCGAGCACUAAAGGGGACUUGACAUUCAAUAUCUGGAAAUGUAAGAGUAGCAUUGUUACACAUGGGCAUCAUGCAAUCACAGUAAACAUGACAAUUUUUACCUACGUAACAUCGCUUGGGUAAUAUAAUAUCUGUCCAGCACUCUUCCCUUACAUUAAUAAACUGUAGAUAUAGUCGUAAGAUUUAGAGUAACGGGGAUAUGUUUAUCAUACGAUGCAUUCAUAUACGAUAUAAUUGUGUUACUGUACAUUUGUUUUUCUCGUCGAGAUCGUAAUUACGUGAAAAAAAUUUCCUUUCCUCGUCGAUUUGUCGUUUCAUCUGCUCAGACACAAAGUACAAAUUAUCGAAUCUGACGAUCGCGUCAUCCGUCUAUUUUUCCUUUCUAUUUUUUUUUCUUCUGCUUUUUUGUUAUAAAAACAAGGCUCGAGUAGCGAAUUACCGAUAGCACGUGUUACUGUAAAGACAUCUUGGGAACAAGUAAUUAUCUAAGCCGGCUAUCAUUUACUUCUCUCGAAUGUGAAUGACACACCGGUAAUUGCGGUUGAGCUGUUUUCACACACGUUGAAAGGGUAAAGGAGGCGUGAAGAGUAGCAGUAAUCUAGUAAUCAUACAUCCACAUACACGGGCGUUGUGUUUUAUUAAUAGUCUAUUAAUAUUAGUAAGGAAGCUGUGUAAAUACUAGAAAUUACUAUCGUGAAGCAUUGGCAAAACUACAUCGCACGCGUGUACGUAAACGUAGAAAAGAGUUUUGGAUUAAAUGAUGUUAAUAUAAGCAGUGCCGCAAUUUUCACGUAAUUUUGAAAAUCGUGAGCAAUAUAUGCAUAUAUAUAUAUAUAUAUACACACACACACACACAUACAUACAUUAUAUAGCAAUGUUUGUACGAUGGGAUGUAAGUAAAGAAAUGUUUGUACAUUGCUACGCAUAUGUGAAUAGAGCGCGAUUGCUACUGUUAAGCAGUAGCAGGCAACUAGCUCUUUUCAUUUGUGUAUAUAUCCCUAUAAAGAUGGUCUACUACUUAUAAAAACAAAAGGAAUUGGUGGGCAUGAUAAUUUGUAUAAAUCAAUAGCAGCAUACAAGUAGAUACGUUGUUCUCGAGAAAAUAAAAAAAAAAUAAACGGUAUUAUUCUUUUUCCUUUUUCUUCGCUCUCCAUGAUCGACCGUGUGGUGAUUUACCGUGAAUGCAGCUCAACGAUACUAUUAAUUCACCGAAAGAAAUUUUCAUGUUCUCUUGCUGCCACUGUGCUUUAUCAUCACUGGAUAGAGUUGUCCGUUAUUGAUCCAUUGCAACCGAUAUUCAUCGAUACCGACCGUACGCCAUAGGAUUGAUCAGAGAUGCAUUUAUAUUUGUAAUUCAAUGUCGAGAGGUACUCCGAUGUUAAGAGACUGGAGAAAUGCGAGUAUGAUGGAACUUAAUCCUAAGAGAUUAGAAGCAUACACAUACACACACACAGAGACGGACACACAUCGUGAAAAUACGAUAUAAUCAAACGCCGCCAAGUGGAAAUAAAUAUGUAAAGAUACAAAGCCGGCUGAAAAAGGGAACGAAAUUUUAUAUAGGUACAUACAUACAUAUAUAUAUAUAUACACCUAUAUAUAUAUGUAUAUGUAUAUCAUAUAUAUAUUUUUAUAUAAAAUAUCAAUUGUGAAUGUACUCUAUGGUAUGAGAAUCUAAUUACGCGUGUAUCAGAAAGGGGGAAAGUAAAGUAGGUGGCUUCUUCGACAUUGUACAUAAUUUUACAUUUGCGUGUGUUAUACGGACACAAAAUUAGAGUUUAAUUGCCGCACACUUUUGACGUAGCUGCGCAUUUUGCUAUAUAAUGGUUUUCAGAAAUGUUGCAGUAGCACAUCAUGCGCAUUGUCUUGAGAAGACUAGAGGAUGCAUUUUGACAUUAAUACGAGUUUAAUGCUUCAUGUUUUUCUAUAAUUUAUAUUAUAUAGAAGUGGAAUUAUUAUCGAGUCAAAGGAUACCAGUGAUUGUGCAGUCUUUAGAGUAUUAUGGAAAUAUUACAUAUAUUUAUAUAAAUAUUAUUAGAUAUAUAUAUAUAUAAUAUAUAUAUAUAGUAUUUUUUAUUAUACAAAUUCGGAUUACGUAUUAUGUAUUGUUAAGAUCUUCGAGGGGAAAAGAGAUAAAGUGUAAAAAAAAUUAUUCAGAUUAUAUUCCAGCAUAUGUUUUAUUUACUUACAAAUGUGUGUAAUAUAGAAGAGAAGUUAAAUUAUUAGCAUUAGAAAUAUUAUUUAUUUUGUUGAGAUUUAUACAGCAUACAAAUUCUAAUUUAACGCCGGCAAGUGAAUUUGAAAAUUAAUAAUACUGCUGCAACAACAGUAUUACAAAUUGGCAAUAAAAGGAAUGUUACAAUGUUAUAUAUAAUAUUACAAUGAUAUAAAAUGACACGGAAGUAUCUCCGUUAUGUUGUUAACUGAUAGAUUUGAAUUUAUAAUUACACAGAUAAUUUUAUAAGGAAAUUCUAGCAAUCCUAUUAUUCGGGACAUCUGCAUUAGCAGGUCGAAUUACGAGUGUGGCAAACGAUUGCGAUUUGCGGGGAAACUUACAUGAAUCUUUCGGCGAUAUGCAUUACCACGUAUCUGUUACGAUACGAAUCGCGGCGAAUGUUGUAGACGCGCACCAGAGCGAUAAAUGCAUCCUCAUCUUCUGAAAACAAUUAUUCUUCCUGUAAAACAACGACGUUACAUGUGAAAUAGUACAUGUAGUAAGCACACACGGGGCACAUUUGUCCACCAAGCAGUAUGUAAUAUUGUUUCAUAUAACAUUUAACUGUGUCAGUGAGUAUAUAUAUAUAUAUCGUUAAGAAAUAAAUCUCACCUUAACA